AUGCCAAAAUACAAAGCAGUUCGUAUUCCUUAUUUAUUAACUCCCCCUCCUUUUAAAUUGGAACAAAAAAUUCCUGCUCCAAUUUAAAAGGGGUUACUAUGCUUUUUAAAACGAAAUUUUAUAUUUAAAUUAUUCUAUAAAAAAAUCUUACUACCCCCCUCCGUGAGUGAACAAAAAAGUUUUGUUCACUCACGGAGGGGGGUUAAUUUUUGUUUUUUAAAAAAUUUAUAUAUAAAUUUUAUAGAAAAAUUUUUUUUUCAAAAUUUAAAAAAAUCCUAAUUCGCAAAAAUUGAAAAGCAAAUAUUAAAUUAAUUUAUAAAAUUUAUAGUUUUAAAAAGCAAUCUGUUUAAAAUGAAACAGAAUUAGCUCUAGAUUUCUAUAUACUAAUGAUAACUUAUAUAUCAAAAUUUUUUUCCUAACUCCCCCCCCCCCCUCCGUGAGCGAACAAAAAAAUUUUGUUCGCUCACGGAGGGGGGUUAAUUUUUUUUUUUAAAAACAAUUUAUAUAUAAAUUUUAUAAAAAAUAUUUUUUUCGAAAUUUAAAAAAAUCCUAAUUUGCAAAAAUUGGGAAGCAAAUAUUAAUUUAAUUUGCAAAAUUUUAUGUUUUAAAACGCAAUUUGUUUAAAAUUAAACAGAAUUAGCUCUAGAUUUCAUUAUACUAAUUAUCACUUAUAUAUCAAAAUUUUUUUCCAUUAAAAUUUUUUCUAUUAAAAAAAUUUUUGUUUACUCACGGAGGGUGGGUUUUUGGUCAAAAAAUGGCGAUUUUUCUAAUAGUUUUGUUCGCUCACGGAGGGGGGGGGGGGGGAGUAAAAAACUUUUCUAUUAAAAAAAAUUUUUGUUCACUCACGGAGGGUGGGUUUUUUAAGCAAAAAAUAGGGAUUUUUCUAAUGAUUUUGUUUACUCACGGAGGGGGGGAGUUAAAAAAUAUAAUUGAGCACAAUACUUGGUUUUUAAUUUAUUUUAUGAAAAAUUAAUCGAUUCAGUGUGAAAAACUGUUUAAAUAAUUAAAUUAAUCAAAACUAAUUUUUAUAUAAUAGUAUUUUCAUCCCUAUUGGAUAACAAUUUUUGUUCCAAUUUAAAGGGGGUUUAAGUACUCAAAAAAUGGAUAUAGCUCAUACCCCUUUAUAGAUUUCUUUAUCGAGCAAAAUGUACUGGAUUAUUGAACGACCAAGAGAGACUCUAUUAGAGGAACGGGCUGGAUAUCUAUAUCAGGAAGUGCUAAAAAGUGACAUGUCCAAAAAUGGUGACAAGUCUGAAAAAAGUUGACAAGUAAACGCGCCAAUUUUUAAAAUGGAUUUAUUAUUAAAAUAAUUUAAAACUUAAGAUAUUUUAAUUUUAAUCAAUAUUUAAUUAUGCUAAGUACACAUAAUAUGAGUCGAUAAGAACUUUGUAUAUAUUGAGAUACACAAGCCACGGACUUUGCAAAUUAUAGCUCUAGUCUUCAUAUAUAAAUUAGCAUAAAAUAAAGAAAUUCUAUCGAGCCGGAAAAAUGCACAUUGAGUUGCAAGUUUUUGAUUUUCACUUGUAAGCCAUAUUGAAUUUUUGCUAAAUACUUCUCAUAUGAGUCGAUAAGAACUUUGUAUAUUUGAGAAUCACAAGCCACGCACUUUGCAAAUUAUAGCUCUAGUCUUCAUAAAUAAAUUAGCAUAAAAUAAAGAAAUUCUAUCGAGCCGGAAAAAUGCACAUCGAGUUGCAAGUUUUUGAUUUUCACUUGUAAGUUAAGUACUUCUCAUAUGAGUCGAUGAGAACUUUGUAUAUAUUGAGAAUCACAAGCCACGCACUUUGCAAACUAUAGCUUUAGUCUUCAUAAAUAAAUUAUCAUAAAUAAAGAAAUUCCAUCGAGCCGGAAAAAUGCACAUUGAAUUGCAAGUUUUUGAUUUUCACUUAUAAGCCAUAUUGAAUUUUUGCUAAGUACACAUCAUAUGAGUCGAUAAGAACUUUGUAUAUUUGAGAAUCACAAGCCACGCACUUUGCAAAUUAUAGCUCUAGUCUUCAUAAAUAAAUUAGCAUAAAAUAAAGAAAUUCUAUCGAGCCGGAAAAAUGCACAUUGAGUUGCAAGUUUUUGAUUUUUACAGCUAUUAUUAAAUUUAAAUAUAUAUAAAAUCAAAAUAUUUAAAGCCAAUAUAUAAUGUGUAAUUAUAUCUUCUGUCUAAUUGGUAUCUUAAGUUUUAAAUUAUUUUAAUAAUAAAUCCAUUUUAAAAAAUUUGGCGCGUUUACUUGUCAACUUUUUUCAGACUUGUCACCAUUUUUUGAUCCAGCCCGUUCCUUUAAUAGAGUCUCUCUUGGUCGUUCAAUAAUCCAGUACAUUUUGCUCGAUAAAGAAAUCUAUAAAGGGAUAUAAGCUAUACUUUGCCGAUGCUUUUUCUAAUUUAAAGGGGGAGUAAAUAAAAAUAUUAAUUAAAUUAAAAAAAUUAAGGCAAAUUCAAAGAAAACAUAAUACUCACUCUCCUUUCAUGCACCGGAACAAAACAACUUCUCCAUCACCCAGAGGUGUCAGUUUUUCUGUCAAAGAUACUAACAACUUUUCAAUCUUCAUGCCUCAAAGCUGUGACUCUUCGUUUUUAGCAAUUUCUCAUCAAAAAGCUAAGCUUAUAAAUAAAAUCAAAAUUUGCACAGGACUCACUCCUGCAAUUGACAAAAAAUCAGCGAAAACUGAUCCAAAUACGUCAGCACUUGAAAAUACGGUUGCAAAGCCAGAAACGAGUAAUAAGGAUAAAAGAUCAAAUUUUAACCUAUUCUGUCUAUAAUUAAUAAAAAUUUAAAAAUAAAAAAUUAAUUUUUCCAAAUUCUAUAUGAAAAGAAUACUAACGAAUGGAAUCAAAGUAAAAAGAAUUCAAGAAGAAAGCAAGCUUUCAGCCCAGCCAAAACUAGCCAAACUUGAAAUAACUGAAGAAAGAACGCUAAGAGCUGAACGUAGAAGCCAACCUAAUAGCCUUGAUAGCUGAAACGAAAUUUUAAACGCAAAGCCUGACGUCGAAAAAAGCUGCCUUAUUAUCAAGAAAAGCAAUUUGGCUUCAUAUGAAGAAUAUUUCACGCAAAAAAACAAGUUUAAAGAAAUGUAUGCAGCGAUACGGCCUUUAAAAGUAACUUUAGAUCAAAAGAAAAAUGUCAAGGAAAGGAUCACAAUCCCACAUGUUAAAAAAGUUGCAAAAAAAAUCGAAAAAAUUUCGGUAAAAGAAGCUAUGAGAGACAAAGAAUGAGUUUCCAAAGCAAAAUCUCAAAUAAUAAAAGACAUGACUUUUCAAAUCAGCUGAAGCAAUGGGAUGAGAAUAACCCCUCCAUGUGAAAAUUUUUUUACUUAUAAAUAUUAUUUAGGAAGAGGAAAUAACGCAAGGCUGGUUCAGCAGUGCUUGAAUUCCAGAUGGUGAUGGACAAGGGUAACCAAAGAAGAAAUUGACAAGGCAAAUUUUAUAUGGACUCAGUGAAAAGAUAAAAAUAUCAUAGAAAGCUUAUCCUCGCUAUCUGACAUAAAACAUGACCAAGAAGCCAUCACAAGCCCAGUCUCAAUCUCCUGCAACACAAGAUUUGUCUGAAUAAGCCCUACAACCAACAUCUCCCAAACCAAAAUUGUUGACCUAGCCCCAUUAGGCUACGAUUUAGUCACAAAAUCCGAAAGUUUUUCUCAUAUCGCUUGCAAUUUCCUAUACAACUGCUCAGAAAUGAAAAUUUGUAACAAAAUCGAGCAUAAUUACCAUCUUUCUAAUAAGAAAGCGCUUUUUGCGAAUUUAAGGCAAUAUUAUUUAGCUAUAGGGAAAGACCCUUUUGACUAUAUUCCAGUCACUUUUCAUAUAACAAAAGGAGAAAAUGAUGAAGAAUUCGUCAAAUUUGAAGAAAUUUAUAAUACAAAAAUUUCAGCUGUUUCUGCAGAGACACUUACGAAUAUUUGGAUAGUAAAACCAGGGGAAAAUACAAAUAGAGGCAAUGGGAUUACUGUUUGUUCCUCCCUAGAGCAGAUUAAAGGGAUUAUCAGAAGCAGCAACCCGGAUAAGACAAAUAAACGCACAUUUAUUAUACAGAAAUAUGUAGAAAACCCUUUCCUAGUCCACAAGCGGAAAUUCGACAUCAGAUGCUACGCAUUAAUUACCUGUUUCAAUGGGGUAGUCCAAGGAUAUUAUUAUAAUGAAGGCUAUUUAAGGACUUCCUGCAAAAGUUUCUCAAUCAAUAACAUAGAAGAUCCUUUUACCCAUUUAACUAACGACGCUAUCCAAAAACAAUCAGAAGACUACGGUAAAUUUGAAAGCGGGAACAAAAUGUCUUAUUCAGAUUUCCAACGGUACCUAGACUCCCACCCUGCAGAAAACCAAAAAAACUUCUUACUUGACGUCCUCCCAAAAAUGAAGGAAAUAGUCAAAGACACCAUACAGUCCGUCUGCUUAAAAAUCGACCCAAAAAAACGUGCCCAUACUUUUGAGAUUUUUGGGUACGAUUUCUUACUAGACAGUGAACUCAAGCCAUGGCUGCUAGAAGUCAACACAAAUCCCUGUUUAGAGCUGUCGUCUCCUCAUUUAGCAAGGAUUAUUCCUUCUAUGCUGGAGAAUUCCUUUAGGAUCGCCUUAGAUACAAUUUUCCAAGAACCGACCUCAGCGUAUAGGCGGUCUACAAAUAGCGUUAUAUUGGAGCCGCUGCCUGAAAACCGAUAUGAGCUGGUGUUCCACUCGUGUAAUGAUGGAGAAAAGCUGAUAGAAGAGCUUAAACAGCGAGGGACACUUGAAGAUUUUAUGUACAUUGACCCAUCAAUUCAAGAAAUUUCUGAAGAAAUUGAUGAGGAAGCCCCUUCAGAAAAAGAAAAAAAAGGAAAUUCAGAAGGUGAAAAUGAGGAGUCUGAGGAUGAAGGACAAUAA